UUCUUGCAAGUACAGCCAUCUCACGACAAACUCUUCAAUCUUUCGUGUUGAUCAUUAUUCGUAACUUCAUCGACAUUGCAUUCUUGUUCUCUUUGCUUUCUACUUUUAUUUAACACAUUUACUCGCAUUUACUGCAAUCGAUUUAAAACCGGAAGAAUGAAUGAUAAUUUUCUAACUUUUUUUUUUUUUUUUUUUUUUUUUUUUUUUUUUUUUUUNUUUUUUUUUUUUUUUGCUUUUUUUGCUUUUUUUGCUUUUUUUAAAAGCAUAGAAAGAUAUAAGUUGUUUUUAUUGCUUUUUGAUUUUUUUUAUGGUGAAACGAUAAACGAUAUCGUAAUGUCAAGUGCGGAAAAAGUUAUUACGCGAUAUUUUAAGAAUAUAUCUAUAUUGUGUAUAUAUUUGAAGUGAUGCAAGUAUUAUAAUUUAUGCUUACGUAGAUACAAAAAUUUAUAAAAUUGCUGACACCAACGUAACCACCAUCGUUCGACACAUCGAAUGAGAACAAUAGCAUGGUCUGUACCUUGUUCGUAUCGAAAUAACGAAUAUUCGAAUCAGUUGAUCGAAUCGUCGAAGAAACAACGAUUCGCGUGUCGAAAUCGAAUCGAUUUUUAAUUCGCUCGAACCUAUGAUGUAUAUUCGAUUUUGCGGUUUCCCAAUUCUUUUUUUAGUCGCAUGGAGCAUCGAUGGUAUUCAAGUGUUCGGAAAGCAAAAUCGUUUUCCUCAAGAAAUAUCGAAAAAAUUGGACGAGUAUUGGAACUCAUACAAGGCCCGUUAUAAUAAAAGUUACUCCGGAGAUCUCGAGUCUAGUCGAAGAAUAACUUGGGAAGAAAAUCUAAUAAUGAUUUAUAAACAUAAUAUGAUGGCAGCUGCAGGCCAUCACAGUUAUACAUUGAAAGACAAUCAUAUUGCCGAUCUUGGAACUAGACAAUACAUUCGAGAAAUGGUGAAAUUGAUUCCAAGUCGGAAGCGACGUAUAUCGAAAGAUACAUUGGUUGGUGCGAGUUUAUCCGAUAACCAACGUAUUCCACGAGAACUCGAUUGGCGCGAGAUUGGAUUUAAGACACAACCAGAAAAUCAAAGGGAUUGCGGGAGUUGUUACGCGUAUUCCAUAGCUGGCAGCAUCGAGGGACAAAUCUUUAAAAAGACAGGCAUGUUGCUUCCAUUGAGCGAGCAACAAUUAGUCGAUUGCAGUACAUCUACCGGUAAUUUAGGAUGUUCCGGAGGAUCUUUGAGAAACACUUUGAGAUAUCUCGAAAAAGCAAAAGGUUUAAUGGCUAAGACGUAUUAUCCAUACAAGGCGAAACAAGGUCAGUGCCGUUUCAAGGAAGAUUUGAGCGUAGUCAACAUCACUUCAUGGGCAGUGUUACCGGCACGCGACGAGAAAAUUUUGGAAGCUGCAGUAGCGACCAUAGGUCCAAUAGCUGCUUCGAUAAAUGCUAGUCCAAAAACGUUUCAACUUUAUCACAAAGGAAUCUACGAUGACGAAGUUUGUAGUUCGGACAUGGUGAAUCACGCUAUGUUGAUCGUUGGAUACACGCCAACCGAAUGGAUCUUGAAGAAUUGGUGGGGCGAUGGAUGGGGAGAAAACGGAUACAUGCGUUUGGCAAAAAAUAAAAAUCGAUGUGGAAUUGCGAAUUAUGCGGCAUACGCAAAAGUUUAACUCGAUAUACAUAAAUUGGAGAGAGAGAGAGAGAGAAAAAAAAAAAAAAAGAAAAAAAAACGAUCCAUCCAUGUUGAUUUCCGAUUUUCGAUCAUUCGAAAUCGAAUCUCCUCGGCGUUUAACAUUGAAAUUUAUACGCGUUUUCGAUUCACGUCUCGAUUCAAACGCAAACGCAAUCGUGAAAAAUAUCCAUCGAAACCGGUGAACCGUCGACGACAUCAAACGCUACUUCGUACCUUAUUUUUAUUUUCCCAUACACAUUGCAUAUAUACGUUUGAUCGAGUCAAAGAAUUGAAAGAUCAUCUAUUAUUCGAGUUGAAAGAAAG